AUGUCCGAGAUCCUCUCUCCCCCUCCUGCCCCGGCUGGCUACAUCACCCAGUCUCAAAAGGAUUUGAUCGGUGGGUCUAUCGGUGGUAUUGCGCAGGUUCUCGUUGGUCAGCCAUUCGAUAUUGUCAAAGUUCGGGUCCAAACAUCUCCUCCGGGGACGUACAAGUCCCCUCUGGAAUGUGCUACCCGGUUAUUGAAGAAUGACGGUCCUCUUGGUUUCUACAAGGGAACUCUUACACCUUUAUUGGGUAUCGGAGCUUGCGUGUCUCUCCAAUUCGGUGCUAUGGAGUAUGCCAAGAGGUUCUUCCGGGGCAGGAAUGGUGGUGGUGAAUUGUCUUUGGGUCAGUUCUGGCUGAGUGGUGCGUUCGCCGGUGUAACCAACACUGUCGUCUGCAACCCCGUCGAGCACAUACGUAUCCGUCUUCAAACCCAACCGGACGUUGUCCCUAAGCUGUACAACGGCCCCUUGGACUGCGCCGCGAAGCUCUACAAGAACGGCGGUGGUUUGUCAGGUAUCUUCAAAGCGCAGGGCGCUACCAUGUGGCGUGACGGUAUCGGAUGCGGUUUCUACUUUUUGGCAUACGAAGGUCUCGUCCAACGUCAUCUCAAGACGACCGGUCUGAAACGUGAAGAGAUCUCGCCCAUCUGGGCGGUGACUUAUGGUGCUGCUGCCGGUUACGCUCUUUGGUUCUCCAUCUACCCCAUCGACGUGAUCAAGUCUAAACUCCAGACCGACUCUCUCCUCGCCGCCGACAGGAAAUACACCGGCAUGGUUGACUGUGUACGCAAGACGUGGGGAGCUCAGGGCGUCAAGGGGUUCUUGGGUGGUUUGGGUCCUACUCUUAUUCGAUCGCCUUUCGCCAAUGGGGCUACUUUUGUGGCUUUCGAACUCGCUAUGCGAGCUAUGGCUUAA